AUGGCAGCUCCUCGUGUGAUAAUGACACAGCCCCAGCUAGUGACCGUCAAUCAGGCACAACUGUCAACUGACUGGAGCUCCAAAAUGUGUGACUGUUGUGAAGACAUGUCAAUCUGCUGCUGUGGGUUCUGGUGUCUCCCUUGCCUGGAGUGUCACACUGCAUCUGAGUUCGGGGAGUGCUGCUGCCUGCCUCUGCUGGGCCCCAUCUCCGUGGCUAUGAGGACUGGAAUUAGGGAGAGAUACAGGAUCCAGGGCUCCAUCCUUGAUGACUGCUGCAUGUUGUGCUGGUGCUACCCUUUGAUCUGGUGUCAGAUGGCUCGAGAGAUCAAGAAGCGCAAGGCUGGCGGUGGUGUGCAGGUCCUGAUGGCUUAGUACUAGAGCCCAGGAUCAGAGCAGGGGGAGCGGGCUGGGAGCCGUGCAGGAACCCUUUCAGCUCACUCCACAAGCACAAGCAGCAGCAGCAGCUUCCUCUGCGAUUUUUUUACGGAAGUGUCUAUAUUCACUGCACAGCCUGGCAGCAGGAAAUUAUAUAUGCGUUUCUAAGUGAUUGUAAAUAAUUGAUCGCAAAAUAAAAGAGGAUUGUAUUGCGGAAUCGCUUUUCACUUGCUCGCGUUCUCUCGUGGCGUUUGGUGCACCGAAUC